CAGACACACAAGUCUUGCUUUGCUUGUAAAUAUAUUUUCAUCAGCAGAGAGGAAGUCAACACCCCACAACUACACAAGCAAACACGCCACGACUGAAUUCAGUCACAUCCACGGCGCAGCAGUCCUUCGUUGAACAACAAGAAGGAGGAAUAUGGAGGGCAACGUGUCGCGUGUGUUGGUGAAGGCGGAGCUGCGCAAGGCCAUGAAACGCCUGCUCUCCGCCCUGUCUCAGGGAGAGAAGGCGUCUCAGUCAACCGUUGUCGCAAACAAGGUUGAAGCCUUGCCUGCUUUUCAGAACGCUCGACGAGUGGCGUUCUUUCUCAGCAUGCCCGAAGAAGUGGACACGAACAGCAUGCUCAAGACAGCGUUUGCGACUGGCAAGGAGUGCUUUGUGCCACGCUACACAAAGACGGACAUGGAGAUGUAUCAGGUGAGGGAUCUGGACGACAUUAAGACGCUGCCUCUAACCAAGUGGAACAUCCCACAGCCCGAAGACAUUGACGCGCGAAAGAGCGCCAUGGAUGCUGGUGGCCUGGAUAUGAUUAUCGUGCCUGGGCUCGCGUUUUCACGGGACGGCGGGCGGCUUGGACGAGGCAAGGGCUACUACGACAAAUACAUUCAGAAGUGCAACGACUUUGCAGCUCAGACACGGCGCACUGCACCGCAGUGCAUGGCAGCACAAGACUGCGCUCAAGCCUAA